AAACUCUUAAUUCUUAAUAUUAAGAAGAUAAAGUAAAAUUAUAAAAAUGGGAUCUUUAGAGGAUAUGAUUCCGCUUUUAAAUAAGCUUCAAGAUCUUGUAUUUAAUACUAUUGGAACAGACAGUAUUGAUUUACCUCAAGUUGUUGUUGUUGGAAGCCAAUCAAGUGGUAAAAGCUCAGUCUUGGAAAAUAUUGUUGGUAAGGAUUUCUUGCCUCGUGGAUCAGGAAUUGUGACUAGACGCCCUUUAAUAUUGCAGCUUAUUAACAUAUCUCCAUCGGCAAAUAUUAAAACAAAAAGUUCUAUAGAUAAAGAACAAGAAUGGGCAGAGUUUUCCCAUAAUCCAGGAAAACGAUAUACACAAUUUACAGAAGUUCGUAGUGAAAUUGAAAAUGAAACGUUUAGAGUUGCAGGAAAUAAUAAGGGAAUUAAUAGAUUGCCUAUUCAACUUAAAAUAUUUUCUCCUUAUGUUUUAAAUCUUACAUUAGUGGAUCUUCCAGGAUUGACAAAAAAUCCAGUUGGUGAUCAACCAUCAGAUAUUGAACGUCAAGUACGUUCUCUUAUUCAAGAUUAUAUUGCAAAACCGAAUUGUAUUAUUUUGGCAGUAACACCUGCAAAUGUGGAUUUGGUUAAUUCAGAAUCCUUAAAACUUGCACGCCAAGUUGAUCCUCAGAGAAAAAGGACGAUUGGAGUUCUUACAAAACUUGAUUUAAUGGAUCAUGGUACCAAUGCACUUGAUAUUUUAUUGGGGCGUGUAUAUCCUUUGAAACUUGGAUUCAUUGCAGUUGUUAAUCGUAGUCAACAAGAUAUCAUAACAAAUAAAAGCUUAAAGGAUUCAUUGCGUUUUGAACGGGACUUUUUUUGUAAUCAUCCUAUAUAUAAGAAUAUAUCACAUUUAUGCGGCACACCAUAUCUUGUUAAAUCCUUGAAUAUUAUUCUUAUGCAGCAUAUUCGAGAAAAACUUCCUGAUAUAAAAACAAAGCUUAUUACACUUAUAGAACAGACACGACAAGCAAUUUCUUCUUCUGAUAGUCAUUAUCUUAUGGCAAAAAAUAAGGGCUCUGCUUUACUUUAUCUUAUAAAUGGAUUUUCGAAUGCCUUUAUUUCUUCUAUUGAUGGAACAUCUUCUGAAAUUUCAAUAAAAGAGCUUUGUGGUGGAGCUAGAAUUUACUAUAUAUUUAAUAAUAUUUUUAAACAUGCUUUAAAUAUGAUUGAUCCAACAGAAAAUUUGACUGUUCAAAAUAUUAGAACUGCUAUUAGAAAUUCGUCUGGUCCUCGGUCAUCUUUGUUUAUUCCUGGUCUUGCUUUUGAUAUUCUUGUAAAACCUCAAAUUAAAUUGCUUGAAAUGCCAAGUCGAAGAUGCGUUGAACUUGUUUAUGAAGAAUGUAUAAAAGUAUCUUAUGCAUGUUGUAAUAAUGAACUUGAGAGAUAUCCACGACUUCAAACUAAACUUAUUGAAAUCAUGUCAGAUUUAUUAAGAGAACGACUAGAACCUACAUCUAAUUAUGUUGAAAGUUUAAUACUAAUUCAAAUGGCAUAUAUAAAUAUUGAUAAUCCAAAUUUUGUUGAUAGAAUGGGUUUGAUUUCUUCUAUUUUUCAGUAUUCUAAAGAUAAAAAAAAUAUAAAAACAGAUAAAAAAGAAACAGAUAAUAAAAGAAGGGUAUCUGGAAGUAUAAUUGCAACAAAUGGAACUUUGGAAUCUUCACGAUCAGUAUCUAAUGAUUUAACCAAUAAUAUAACACAGAAUAAUACUUGUCCUCGUGAAACAGGAAUUCCUUGUUUUGAAUUGAAUAGCGAUCUCGCUUUACAAAGUGGAAUAUUUUCAAAUUCAACAGGAAAUAUUAAUUCAUCUGAUAUCAAGGAGCUUUUUUUUAAUUUUUUUAGCAAUGAUAAAAAAGAAUAUACAAAAUCUCCACAACCAUUAAUUCCAUUUUCAGAAAAGGAUUUGAAUACACUUAAAUCUCCAGAUAAUUCUAUUUCUUAUGAUAUAGUAUCUCUAAAUAAAGAUUCAUUAGAUAUUGCUGAUAAUGGUUAUGAUGAAAAUAUAACUGAAAGACAGCAAUUGGAGGUUAAUUUAAUUCGUAGUUUAAUAAUAUCCUAUUUUAAUACUGUACGAGAAACUAUUCAAGAUCAAGUCCCAAAAGCUAUUAUGCAUUUUCUUGUGAAUUAUUGCAAAGAAUGUCUUCAAAACAGGCUUGUUACUGAAUUGUAUAGAGAGGAAUUAUUUGAUGAUUUACUUUAUGAAGAUGAAACAUUGAGAAUGGAACGAGAAAAAUUUCAAAAGCUCUUAAAUGUUUAUAAACAAGCUUUGAAAUAUAUUAAUGAAAUAUUAUGAACUACUCUAAAUUAGGAUCGAGUUGAUAUUGCUUAUGAUUUUUAAA